UCAAAGUCUAGGAAGAGAAAGAGAAAGUAAGAAAAGUAGUACAAAUACAAUCCAAAUUACAAAUUACAAACACUCAAACCCCCUCCAAAAAAAAAAGACAAUAAACAAACCCAAAAGUAAAAGAAAGAAAAAAGAGUACUCUAAUCAACUAAACCAAAUCUCCCUCCCUCCAUUCCUUUUAGUAUUAGUAUUUUCUACCUUCCUCCUUUCGUUGUGUUUUGUGUGAAAAUGUAUCUUACAAUUUUGAAUCUCCUUUGACUGUUUUUCUUCCCUUUUCAAACACUGCUACUAGAGAGAGAAACUGGAGAGAGAAACAUAACGGCGUCGGAGAAAAGGAGAGCGAGUCAAAUGUGAUGGGAAGCGGCUUCUCUCACCUCAUUCCAUGUCUGAAACCUGACUAUUACAACAACAAUCAUACACUUAAAACCGACGAAAACAGUACCCAUAUUCAUCUUGGUACCCACCCGGACCCGGUUCUUUUUACCGCGGAACAACCUUUAGACGAAACCCUAGGACACUCUUUUUGUUACGUUCGUUCUUCUGCUCGUUUUCUUUCUCCUACUUCAUCCGAUCAUUUUCUUUCUCCUUCUCAUUCUCUUCGUUUUGACGAUAGAUCCGACCCCAUUCGUUCUACUGGUUUUCGGACCAUUUCUGGAGCUUCAGUUUCAGCUAAUACUUCAACACCUCGUACUGUUGAAGUUGAAACUUCUAGCUCUCUAGUUUACGGCUCCAACUCGAUUGUUAACGGUUUUGAUUGUACUUCAUCGUUUGCUGCUAUUCCUUUGCAGCCUGCUCCUCGUGGUGGGGAUAAGGAUAACUCCGGCUUUUUUCUUUCGGGUCCGAUCGAGCGUGGGGCUUUGUCGGGUCCUCUUGAUUCGGGUCGGGUUCCGUUCUCCGCUCCACUCGGUGGGGCUUAUAAGACUAAGAAAAAGAAGAAAAAGACUUUUAAGAAGUUGUAUAGAAGUUUGUCGGAGAAGAAACGGCAAUGGGUAGUUCCGGUAGUUGGGAGGAAAGAGAAAGAGAAUGUUCUAGAAGAGGGGGAUGCUGAGAGGAGAAGAGAAGAGAAUGUUCUAGAAGAGGGUAGUAAUGUAAAUGUACAGUGGGCGUUAGGGAAGGCCGGGGAGGAUCGGGUACAUGUUGUCGUUUCGGAGGAGCUUGGGUGGUUGUUUGUUGGGAUUUAUGAUGGGUUUAAUGGCCCGGAUGCGCCGGAAUUUUUGAUGGGUCAUUUGUAUAAAGCUGUAUUUGGUGAACUCAAAGGAUUGUUUUGGGAUACCGAUGAUAACAAUGACAUUGUUGUUUCGGAAGGAGUGUCAGAUUGUGGCAAAAAUGGGGGUGAAAUUGUCAAUGCAGAUGAUGAUUCGGAGAUAAAUCGUGGUGGAGAGGGGUCAGUGGUGAAGAGGGUGACAUUUGAGGCGGAGUUAGAUAGAAAGGAAGUGAUAAGGAGGAAGUUGUGGGAGUUUCUAGCGGAGGAUGAGGCGGAUGAUGGGCUUGAUUUAUCGGGGUCGGAUAGGUUUGCAUUUUCGGUGGAUGAUGCGGUUAGUGUUAGUAAUGCAGCGUCGGGUGUGAGUAGGAGAUCGUUGUUGUUGUCGAAAUUGAAGCAAGGGUUAGGUAGGAGUAAAGAUGGUGGACACACUAGAGGAGGGUUGUUUCAAUGGAGGUUUGGUGUAGAGAAGGAUAAAGUAGAUAGUGUAGAGGAAGGUAAUAGAGUUCAGGAGGAGAUAGCGCGUAAAAAUGGUAGGAGGAGGAAAACGGGACCAGUGGAUCAUGAGUUGGUUUUGAGGGCGUUAUCGUUGGCAUUGGAGAAAACAGAGGGGGCUUAUUUGGAUUUGACUGAGAAGGUGAUUGAUCGGUAUCCAGAACUUGCGUUAAUGGGCUCGUGUUUAUUGGUUGUUUUGAUGAGGGAUGAGGAUGUGUAUGUGAUGAAUUUAGGGGAUAGUCGUGCUAUUGUUGCGCAAUUGGAACCACAAGAGAGUUGUUCUGAUGUGGGAUGUAAGGAGAAGACAGAAUGUGAGUCUAGUACUGAAGGCAUUAUCGAGGAAUGUGCGGAUAGUGGUGAGAAGCUAAGCAGUGUGGCCGAUGAGAUACCUUUGGAAGCUAUGAAGCUGAUGGCAUUGCAGCUUUCAACUGACCAUAGUACUAAUGUUGAUGAAGAAGUUUUAAGAAUCAAGAGUGAACAUCCAAAUGACAACCAAUGCAUAGUCAACGAUAGAGUAAAAGGCCGUCUUAAGGUUACCAGAGCAUUUGGAGCUGGUUUUCUCAAACAGGCCAGGUUUAAUGAUUCACUACUGGAGAUGUUCAGGAAUAAAUUCAUUGGUGAUGCACCAUAUGUAUCAUGCAUUCCAUCGCUUCGUCACCUGAAACUGGGACGUAGAGAUCAGUUCUUGGUGCUUUCAUCAGAUGGAUUAUACCAGUUUUUCAGUAAUCAGGAAGUGGUUUCUUUUGUGGAGAAUUUCUUGGAGAAAUACCCAGAUGGAGAUCCAGCACAACAUCUAAUUGAGGAGCUUCUGAACCGAGCUGCUAAAAAAGCAGGUAUGGAUUUUCAUGACUUGUUAGAUAUCCCACAAGGUGACCGCCGGAAAUACCAUGACGACGUCACUGUGAUGGUGAUUUCUCUAGAAGGGAGAAUUUGGAAGUCUUCAGGAAAAUACCUCUAAAAGAAUGUUCAUAUGGAAAUGUAAAAUGUGGCUCUUAUUGGAUUCGCCUAAGUGGAUAUGCUUCCAAUCAGAACCAUUGGGAUGAAAACCAAUAUAAACAUCAGUGUCUGUCAGGAAACGUAGACCGAGUUCUCCUAGGUUCAUCCCAAAAUUAGUCCUAGAACUUAAAAGGCAUGCUGUUCUAUGCUCGGAACUCAGGAAGAUUGUGAAAAAAAAAAAAAAAAAAAACCCAAUAGCAAGAAGAUGACAGAUGGGUAUGGUGAUGGAACAAGAUUGGGGAAAUUAUGGGUUGGUUGUGAUUGUUGGGAAUUUGAGAGGAAAGGGUUGUUUAAUCUGUAUUUUUCAUCUCUCCAUUGGGGGAUUUUGCGUAGGUAGAGUAGGUACAGGCUCUUCCAUUCAUUUUUUUUUUCUAUGUUUCUUUUGCCUUUUUUGAUUUAGAGCCUAAAAAGGGGGGUAUAGGGGAGAAAUUUGAUAUGGGGUAGGGGGUAAAGGGUAAAAAGGUUAUGUAAUUUCAGGUGGUGGAAUUUCCAUUAAUGCAGUUGACAGAUGAAAUUUAUACAUGAAUCUCGGUUCAGGGCA